GCCGCAUAACGAGGACUCUUGGAAUCCGACCAGACCUCGGCGCCGCGCUAUGACGUAAUCGGCCUUCGAAUCCGGUCUUCUAAGGAUGCGUCCUAGGUUUUCGAACAGAGCCACCGUGUUUUACUUCCGGGUUUCUGUCUCCGCCUUGAAUUUUUGAGCCGCCGUGCUGUGAGAGGUGCGUCCGCCGCCCUUCCUGCGACAUGGCCGACCUGCUGAGGCUGCUGCUGCGGGUGGCCGAGAAGGCUGCGAACGUGGCUCGCCUCUGCAGACAGGACGCCCACCUCUUUCAGCUCCUGGUGCAGGAGAAGACCGGAGAGGACAAGAACAAGAAGUUUGUGCAGGACUUCAAAACGCUGGCCGACGUGGUGAUCCAGGAGAUGAUUCUGCAUGAUGUUGGAGUUCAGUUCCCUGAGAUGUCUGAUUUCAUUCAUGGAGAGGAGUCAAACAAGUUUGAAAACGGGCUUGGGGAAAGCGUGGCGGUGACUGUGUGCAGCACGGAGGAGGAGACCGCCAAGCUGCUGGCCACUGUGUUAGACGGCGACCAGGCGGCAGCGGCCCUGCUGGCCGGGGCCAUCCACCAAGAUCCGGCCACCAUAGAGGCGACCAUAGACGGACUGACGGUUCCCCUUAAACCCUCUGAGCUGGGAAUCUGGAUCGACCCAAUAGACGCCACCAGUCAGUACAUAGAGGGGCGAGAGGAGGCUCUGGAGGAGGGCCGCUUGUUCCCUUCAGGUCUUCACUGCGCCCUGGUUCUUAUCGGGGUGUACCUGCGGAGCACGGGCGAGCCGGUCAUGGGCGUGAUCAACCAGCCGUUCCACAACAAAGAUCCAGGAGGUUCGAGGUGGCGAGGGAAGCAUUACUGGGGCGUGUCCUGCGGCGGCAUUAACAUCUGUUCGGAGUCCAGCCCGUCGGACCGAUCGGGGGAACAGCGGGGACUGUCCGUGGUGCUGAGCUCCAGCGAGAAGCAGCCUGUGAAGGAAGCGCUGACCUCGGUGUGCGGCCCAGAAAACAUCAUGUACGCCUCUGGGGCCGGGUACAAGAUCCUGUGUGUCAUCCAGGGUUUGGCAGAUGCCUACAUCCUGUCAGAGGGGAGCACCUAUAAGUGGGACUCCUGUGCUCCUCAUGCCCUGCUCCGCGCUCUUGGAGGAGGGGUGGUGGACUUGGCUGUGAGUCUGCAGCAGUCUGAGAGCGGAGUACAGGAUCCCAGCACAGAACUGACCUAUCACCUGCCUCGCGCUGAUCAAACGGGAGCAGACCGCUGGGCUAAUUACGGAGGCCUGGUGGCCUACAGAGACUGUUCUCAGCUCCGCAGCAUCAUGGGAGCUCUGAGAGGCAAACUGUAAAACCAAGGCUCCUUCUUCACCAGAUUUAUACAAAAGAGCGUUCCAAGUGAUUAUUAGAUAAAGUUGAGGUUAUGUUUUAAUGUUGAAUUAUUUUUUUAGAUAAAGAAAUGUGCUUUUAAAUCUCACAAUCCUAUAAAUAAGUCUGGUUUGCAGUAUUUAUUCCAAAAGCAAACCAAAUUUUAAAGUGUAAGACUGGAUUAUUUUGUGCUUAUGAAUCUUGUGCUUAAGAUAUUAUCUGUAUUUUGUAUGAAAAAUAUAAUCAUUUAUGAAUAUAAAAAAUGAAAUUAAAACUAUAUUCACAAAAAAA